AUGGAUGAUACAAAGAAAAUUGAUAUGGAUUCUUGUCCACCUAUGUACGUCAAUGUUCUUGAAUAUGCUAAUAAGAAUAAUGGCGACUUUGGCGACCGUCUUGCUGACAGAAUGGGUGUCAGCAAUAUCACAAUCAAAAAUAAUAUGGCAGAUGAAAAUACAAACAUUCCUAAAACGCCAGGUCUUGGCGCUUCGGCUAUCUCAGGUGCUAUCGGUGGAGUUACGGCACUUGCACAGACCGCCUUGCAGAACAAAUACAACGAACAGGCUCGUAAACAACAGCGAGAAGAUGAACAGGCUAUACACGACCGCAAUCGUCGCGAGUUCCUUGCAGACCGUCAACACGAUGAGGUUUACAACAGUCCCUCUAUGCAACGUUUCAGGCGUAUUCUUGCAGGUCUAAAUCCUAACGAUGCUACUUACGACCCUGUUGCAACUGAUUCGGCAGGUAAUUCGCCUACUGAGGAGAUUGCCAAUUUGUCAAAUCUUGGUGCUAAAGCGCCUGACUCUCUGGCAGGUGCUUUGUCAGUUGGUCAGACUAUGGCAGACAUUGAACAGAAGAAGUCCCAGGCACGAGCCAAUAACGCUGAGGCUACCAAUACUGAACAGAAAGUAUCUGUAUUUGGUCAGGAGUUUGAGCUAAGUAAGGCUGAGAGUCUUGCUCGCACUUCUCAACUCUACGCUUCUGCGAGUGAACUUUAUAAUAUGAUACCUAACAUUCAGGCAGAUACAGAGUAUAAGAAACAUAUGUCGCGUAAUAUGAAAGUUACUGCUGAUGUUUCUGAGGUGCUUGAAAGUUGCCGUAUUCGAACUGAACUUUUACAGGAAAAGUAUCAGGGUCUUAUGAACGAUGAGGUUUCUGCGCGUAUUGACGUACUUCGUAAACAGUUUGAACAAAUGGAUGAUUAUCUUUCAUUAGAGAAGUUCAAUGCUCAGACCGCACGUAUUGACGCUAACGCUCACGACAGGAGUUCUUAUUAUAAUAGCCUCCUUACUGACGCUGAGUACAGUUACUUUAUGGAUUCUUACAAUAGUAGGCUUGAUAUGCUUAGUAACGAACUCACUCAGUCUAAUAUCACUACUGAAAAUCUUUCUAAGAUUACAGGGUUGUCAAUUGAUAAGUUGCAGGCUGAAAUUGACGGACUUGUCAAGGAUUUAGAUGUUAAGGAUGCUGAUAUCAAUCAGAAAGAGGCAAUCGCAAAGGCUAUGAUUAUGAAUGCCUAUACCAACACUAUUUGUCAGCCUAUAUCAACCCUUUCAGGCGCUGUCCGUGAUGCGGCGUACGCUUAUGGUCAGUUUAGCACAGGUGGUCUUGCUGGUGGUCUUACUCCUCAGUCGCCUGUAAAUGAUUUCCAGCCUACGGGUACGUAUAUGGAUGCUAUGGCACCUGAUUUUCCUUAUCAGCAUUACAGUUGGCAGAGAAGUCCUACUGUCGUCAAUUCGUCAGGUCAGGUCAAUCCUCGUGCCUAUACUCGUGGCGCUCGUAAACCUCCUGUCCCGUCAGAUGAGUAUGGUAAUUGGCACAGAUAA